AUGAUUACUUGCGAUAGUAUUUCAAUUUGUAUCGAAUCAUUAAAGGAUGGACCGACCGAUAUUUGUCCAACUCACAAAGUCAACUACAAGAAAUGGUAUAUAGACUCGAUUUAUAAUGGUCAGCAAAAGCCAAAGCCACAACAUCACCACCAAAAAUAUCUCAACAUCCAACAAUUCACCAAUUCACCAAUCCUCAACAACCACAACAAGAAAUAUACAUACACAUCCGCCGAGUACUCCAAGGGUGACAAAAAAGAUUCGAAUAAGAUUUAUAGUCAAAUGUCUCAACAAUCGUCACCAUCGCAAGACAGACAUCACUUUAAUCAUCACCAGACCAUUGUUCAACAAGAAACACUUUCUCGUGUCAAUUCCAAUGGUACUCUUAAUCAACUAUCACCCAUGUCACCUAUUCUCAGUUCAACGACUAUUGUACCACCAUCAUCAACCAAUAUAACUCUCGACCCUUUAUCCCCAUCCUCUGUCAUUGCAUCCUCUCCAAAACCUCUUCAACAUAUUUAUUGUAUUCAUGGUUAUUUGGGAAAUGCAUCAGAGUUUGACACGAUUGCACAGGAAUUGUUGAAAAACGACCCGUACCGUGUCAUCAUAUGUCCCGAUCUUCCAGGUCGAAAGGGUAGCGAUCGAUUCGAAUCGACCAGUCACUAUUCCUGGAAGACCUAUGCUCAUGUGAUCGAGUCAAUCAUUUCAGAAGAGUCUAGAUGUGUUGCCUAUGUCGAUGUAUUGGCCACUUCUGUCAGUGUUAAUGUACCUCUUUACAUGGUGUCACAAAACAACCGUCGUAUCCGAUCGAUCAUUAGCAAUGGAGGUGGCUCCCAAAUUUCACGUCAAACCGCCUGUAACCUCAUCUCGUCGUUCCAAGCCAUCUUUGGACCACAUCAAUCCUACGAAGAUGCAUGUAGAGUCUAUCGAAUGAUUCAUUCACACAAUUAUUAUUUUGGUGAUCUCUCUUCUACCGAAUGGAACCGUUUCUAUGAAACUAAUAUCAUUAAAACUCCUACUGGUCAAUAUACAAUUGAUUUGGAUCCAAGACUUCUUCAUCUUGAUAUGGGAAAAGAAUUUAGUUCAUGGGAUUUAUUUAACAAAGCUAUAUCAUCAGAUUGUAAGAUGUUGGUUUUAAGAGGAGAAAGUUCAAAAUCAUAUUCACAACAAGACUAUGAGGCUAUGAAACUAAGAAUGGCACACACUAUCGAAUUCCAAACACUCAAAGGUACUGGUGUAUCUCCACUCUUAAAAAUGGAUCAUAUCAAACCGAUCAUUACAUUUUUGAGUUGUCCUGAUUCUCCUUCUUCUUCUUUUUUCUCAUCGACCAACUUGAGUGGUUGUUGUGCACAAAAGAAGAACAGUGCUAGUAAUAAUAGUAGUAGUAUUAGUCCACCUCAUAAAAUCAUUCCAUCACUUCGAGAGAAUAAAAUAUAA